AUGGUCGGACCGAAGUCGCCGUGGAAGACUCCGGUGGUCGCUGAUGCUCCGGUGAUGGGCGCCGCUGAGUCUUGGCCUGCUCUUUCUGAUGCUCAGCAACAACAACGGUUGAAGCUGACUGAUUCUGCUUCUAAGUCGCCGCCGCCGUCAGUAAUGGUGGCUGGUGGUGGUGACACGGCUGCGCCACCGGAAGCUUCGCCUCGGGGAUCGGCUGGGCAGCAGAAGUCACAUGGAUCAGGAAACACAAAUGCAUCAAAUAAAUAUUCAUCAUCAAGACAUCAAAAAUCAGGAUCUAAGCGUAAUCCUAAUGGAGCACCUCCCUUCCCUGCAUCAUUCCCUUACCAGCAACCACCCAUGCCAUCAGUUUUCCCUGCUAUGGUACCUCCACCACACUUUGCUGUUUCUGGUUAUGCAUAUCAACCUGGCCAUCCACCUUUUCCCCCAGUUGAAACUCAUUUGGUAAAGUCUGGAUCAGAGACCUCCCCUAUGCAACCUUUUGUUCCACCUGUAAAUGUCCAGCCUCCACCAAGAGGGGAUCCCAAUGCUUAUGCUGUUAACUUUCCCAAUCGAAGACCUAAUGUGCAAGAAUCUGGUGGUCAUUUGAAUCAAGCAUGGCAUCAUCAACGAGCUUUUGGGCCCAGAGAUAACAUCCCAGUGCAGCAGGGUAUGGGACCAAGGCCAUUGGUAAGGCCACCUUUUUUAGUUCCACCUCCAGGGUUCAUAGUCGGUCCAGCAUUCCCUGGACAACCUAUAUGCUACUUUCCCAUUGCACCUCCGGGCUCUCUCAGGGGACCUCAUCCUCCCCGUUUUGUUCCAUAUCCAGUUAAUCCAGAGGCUCCUGUGCUUCCCCAAGAGAUACUAGCUUUGAGGGCUGGCAUAGUAAGACAAAUAGAGUAUUAUUUCAGCGAUGAAAAUCUGCAGAAUGACCAUUAUCUAAUAUCCCUAAUGGAUGACCAAGGAUGGGUUCCAGUAGCCACGAUUGCUGAAUUUAAAAGGCUUAAGAAAAUGACUACAGACAUAUCGUUGAUCCUUGACGCACUGCAGAGUUCUGGCUCUAUAGAAGUGCAGGGAGACAAGAUUCGGAAACGUGAUGAUUGGUCAAAGUGGAUUCUGGCUUCUUCUAAGCAGGCAGUGGCACCGAAAGCUCAGACUUCCGAGGGCCAAGCUGGAGAGAAUGCUGAAGAAGAUGACACAAGCAGUUUCUCAAAAGGACUUGCUGAAUUUUCUUCACACGCUACAGUCAAGGCUGCAAACAAAUUGCCAAAUGGAGAUACUGGUAAAAUGGAAGGUGAUGGGAAGUCUGUCUUGUUUAAAGCUGGAAAACCAGGAUGUGAUGGGAAUUCAGAUCUUGGUGCUUGUCAUAGCACUCCCCAUUUAGACCAUACACUAGGAACUGGGCCUCCGACAUUCAAUUAUCAUGGGUCUGAAGGCAUGGAAGAUGGACAAAAUCUCGCUAAUCUUUCUGGUGAUUUUGCUAACACAUUUAUGCUUGAUGAAGAGCUGGAGCUUGAGCAGAAAACACUCAAGAACGAUGGCUGUUCUCCAGUUAGAAGGUACUGGAAAUUGAGAAUGAGGGCUGCCAUUUAUGAAGUUAAUAUAAGUUUCAAAGUCAUUUGCCAGUUUCGGAGGAGUAGGAUAAGGGCACCAAGAAAACCUAGGAUUGAUGAUGAAGAGGAUGAGAUGGUGGUUAAUGAUCAGGAUGUUCAAAGACUUGUGAUUGUCACCCAGAAUAGUAGAGUAGGAGAAGGAUCUACUAAAUCUGGGGGUACAGAAUCAAAAUCUAUUUCAACAGAGCUUGCUUCUGCAAUAAAUGAUGGUUUAUACUUCUAUGAGCAGGAGCUCAAAACCAAGCGAUCUAAUCGUAGAAAGAAUAGUUCUAGCUUUGAGAACAGAGAUGGAUAUUUAAGACUGACAAAUGGUGCUUCCCUAGUAUCAAAUUCAAAGGCUGGUGAAAAUUCUGCUGCAAGCUGUGGCCAUGAAGAGUCGGGAAGCUCUAACAGCGCAAGGAAACAAAAUAAAGGUUUUCCCAAGCAGCAGUCAUCCCAUAAGCAACGGUUCUUCUCCAGCAACUUUAGGAAUCAUGGCACUGGUCGCAAUAAUUUUGGGAUCAUAUCAGAAAGUCCGCCAAGUAAUUCGGUUGGAUUUUUCUUUAGUUCUACGCCUCCUGAAAAUCACGGGUCUUCAAAGCUGAGUGUUUCACCGCGUGGCAUGCUCUCAGGCAGCAGUCCACCAGUGGGUUCCAUGCCAAAGUCAUUUCCACCAUUUCAGCAUCCGAGCCAUCAACUCUUAGAAGAAAAUGGCUUUAAACAGCAGAAGUACCUGAAGUAUCGUAAGCGGUGCUUAAAUGAUAGAAAGAAGAUGGGAAUAGGCUGCAGUGAGGAAAUGAAUACGCUGUAUAGGUUUUGGUCAUACUUCCUUAGAAACAUGUUUGUUCCUUCAAUGUAUAACGAGUUCCGAAAAUUUGCUUUGGAGGAUGCAUCUGCUAAUUACUAUUAUGGGAUGGAGUGCCUUUUCAGGUUCUAUAGUUAUGGUUUGGAGAAGGAGUUCAUAGAUGACUUGUACAAGGACUUUGAAGAACUCACCCUUGACUUCUAUCAUAAAGGCAAUAUUUAUGGCCUUGAAAAAUAUUGGCAUGCAUACCUAGCAUAUCAUAUUAUUGUUCAUGGAAUCUCACAAAUACAUUGGUCAGCUGAUACCAUUUGGGCCUUCCACCAUUAUUGCCGUCUGGGUGACAAAGAACCAAAGAAACAUCCAGAAUUGGACAGGUUACUGAGAGAAGAAUAUUGUAGCUUGGAGGACUUCCGUGCCAAAGAGAAGUCCAUGAAGAAGGAAAAUACGUUUCAAUCAAGCAAUGACAUGUAUGAGAAAUUGGACGAAGUGAAAACCAAAUUAUACGUUGAUGGGAUCAAGAUCAUGGACAACGAAAGGAAUCAAAGCUUUUUCUUUUGGCAAAGCAAGGUACCAUCAAGAACUCUUCUUUCGACAAAGAGAGAUAAUGGAAGGCAUCUAAAACAUUUUUUCAGACAGGCAAGAUACAAAGUUCCUAUUGAUUUACUAACAAUUUUUCGUUAG